AUUGGCUCACAGUGACGUGGGCGCAGAGCGGGAUGCAGUUACAACCGGAUGUGCCAGAUGGUGACGAUCCACUCAGGGGACGAUGCGGCAGAGCGGGCAGCCUCGCAGCGACACCUGGUGAAAAGCUUAUGGAAUUGCUGAGACCUAAUCCUGGCACGCCAAGAAGACACUCCACAGCAGCCUGUGCACCACCACAACCCAGACCCUCGGGGUUCGUCUACUGUCCCUCGGAUGCAUUGCCUUACUGCCCACCAUCGAGACUGGCGCCCCCGCGGCUUGUAAAGUUACCACCACCACCAGUUCAGCCAGUGCAACCACAGCCUCCUCCAGUGCCACAGAGAACUGCACCGGUCGCUCCCCUGCCAGUACCACCUGCGCCACCCCGUCGGUCGCCACAACCACCAAGAAGGGUUCCCCCACCUACACCCCCUAGGCCCAUUGCUACAGACCCCAACGGCAAUCGUAGAAUACAAACGAAUCCUCCAAGAUUGGACUGCAACCGCAAUCCCUCACAGCCGCAAUUCCCAACUCAACCUUCAGUAACGCCACAAAUCCCACAACAACCUCCACCACCACCUCAACCGACAAUACCGAGGCGGCCGCCACAGAAAAUGCCAGAUAACCCGCUGCCACAGACACAGAUCAAGCGCUCGCCGAGUUCAGGCUCAACUAUAAGCGUACGACAAGACUCUAACGUUUCGUCAGACUCAUUUAGCCAGACGUCGUCACCUUCUUAUACAACAAAAACAAUGGAGGCUCCAUUAUUGCCGCAGCAGCAUCUUAAUAAGAGUCUGAACGCGAAGAUAGCGCGUGGCCUCCUGCUGAAAGAACAACAAGAGAAAGAGAAUGCAAACUCAUCGAUUACAAAGAGCAUGUCAACGCCAGCGUCACUUCAGACCAUCGUCCGAUUUCAGAAUGGCAGUAAUAUGUCGUUGCAUCAUCGGGUAAGUUAA